AGGAAAUAACAAAAACAACCCACAACCUAUUUAAAAACGCACCAAAAAUGAAAUCACAUCUUUUCCGGCGAACCACCACCGCACCGUUUUCUCCGCCCACACAAUUUUUUCUUCUAUCAUCUCUCUUCCUUAUCAUCUCCAUCAACCACCCAAUAUCCACUGCCGCCGCCGCCGACGCUUCACCAUCAGCAUACGAUGAGCUACUAGCCUACGACUUCCCGGUGGGCCUUCUUCCGGUGGGUGUCACCGGGUACGAGCUAAACAAAGACAACGGUGAAUUCAAAGCUUAUAUAGGCCAAACAUGUACAUUCAAAAUCGAGGGAUAUAACCUUAAAUAUAAGUCAACGAUUAGUGGGGUCAUUGAAAAAGGGAAGCUAAAGAAUCUCAAAGGCAUAAGUGUUAGAAUCUUGUUGGUUUGGUUCAACAUUGUUGAAGUUAGUCGACGUGGCGAUGAUAUCGAUUUUUCGGUUGGGGUUUUGUCUGCUGGAUUUGGGAUUGAUAAUUUUGUCGAAUCGCCACAAUGUGGUUGUGGUUUUGAUUGUAAGAGCAAGAAGAACAACAUGAUGUUUUUGGAGGAUGCACUUUUGAUGUCAUCUUGAGUUUAAUUUUACAUAAAUUAGCGGAUGCAGUUUUCUCUGUUUGGGUUUUAUCGGAUGUUCUUCUCGAGAUUAAUGUAUGUAUGUAUUUAUGAAUAAUUGGGUUUAAGAGGAUGUUUUAAUGUUAUAUAUGAUCAUGAUUUUUUUGAUCAUCUUGAAUGAAUAAAUGUGAAGUUUUUCUUCUGUUUAUCCUGAA